AUGAGAAUCGAAUCCUAUAAAAGCCAUGGCAAGAAAACGUCGAAUUAUUCAAGAAGACAAAUCGACUCCUCGCCAGCUGCCAAUGUUAGUUUUUUGCUCAACUCGAUUUUGAAGAAUUAUGACAAGGAAUUUCGUCCUGGAUUUGAUCGAAAUCAACCCACCGACGUCUAUAUUGAUAUUUUUGUGCGGACAAUGGGUCCAAUUUCAGAGUUGACGGACACCUAUUCUUUUGAUUGUUAUUUUCGACAAACGUGGAGAGAUGAGCGCCUGCAAUUUGAGUUUGGGCAUGGACAGACUGGUCGUACGCUGUCCCUAGCAAUGUCCAUGUUGGACAAAAUUUGGAAGCCAGAUACUUACUUUUGGAAUGGGGCUGGAUCAUAUAUCCACAUGCUGACAUCUCCAAAUCGAUUAGUCAGAUUGAGCGAAGACGGAACAGUCCUUUAUUCGUCACCUCGAUAUCCUUUGGAUACUCAAGCAUGCAAGCUUGUCGUUGGCAGCUUUGCGUACACGGCAAAUGAAUUGACAUUUAGAUGGAAGACUACAUCCGACCACCAAGGUGUAAAAGUGGAUAUGGCUGCUGUUGCUCAACUACCACAGUUUCUAGUUAGUGGCUAUGAAGUGAUCAAUACCACAAAUCAGACCCGUGAUGCACUGUAUUCUUCCUUGGAAGUCCGAUUUUUCCUUGCGCGUCAUGUUGGCUACUUUAUCAUGAAUUUCUACGUUCCGUGCACUCUAAUCGUUCUACUGUGCUGGGUGGCAUUCUGGAUCAACCGUGAAGCUACAAACGAUCGCCUUGGGCUUGGAAUUACUUCCGUGCUCACUAUGACUUUCAUUUCGAUCGAUUCAAAAUCCGAUGCUCCUAAAGUAGAUGUACCCACGGCAUUGGAUGUCUAUAUUUGGAUCUGCUAUGCCUUUCUAUUUGGUUGUGUCGUCGUUUUUACCAUUGUUCAUUACCAUACAAAAUAUCGGACCGGAGAUCCGGAGAUACAAGAGUUAGAAAGGGAGAAGAUGCGUCAGUUGAUUCGAAGUAUACCAACUAAGGCUGUUUUAAGUAGUCGUUACUACAACCGGCCUCAUCAGGAGCGGCCUAUGGAGAGAAUGCCUUUGAGUAUGCAUAAUGGUUAUGUGAAAAGAACUUUGGCAGAUAUGAGUCGUCGCGAUGGUGGAAGACACUCACUUUAUAACAAAAAAGCUACUAGUUUUCGAAUGGCUAAGCGCAUGCUUACACCACAACAAUCAAAUAGCCACACAAAUGAACCCGUAAAUAUGGAGGCAUUCCAUCAAGAAAAUGUCGGCUGGCGUUUCUACUACUGGCUCUUAAAUCACAAUAAAAAUGACCCAUUCGGUAUCAAGCAGAACUCAAUGUCGACGGUUGAUAGAUUUGCACGAGCGGUUCUCCCAUUGGCUUUUGGCAUUGUCGUCCUCAUUUAUUAUCUGAUUUACAUGAAAUCAACAUUUGAAUUUGAU